GGUCAAGGCAAAGCAACUUACAUAAGUAGAGUGUAUAUAGUUAUCGAGGCUCAUACUCUGUGGAGUGAUAUGUUUUUGGGUGCGAACGUCAUUCCAACACCGUGAACCUCUUCAGUUGGGCGCGAGCAUCCUCAGGAACAAGAUGACUCUUAAACAACGUGUAGCCGCUGAACAUCUGCUGCUUCAACUGAGGAAGUCUCAAAAGAUUCAGUUGAAAGCCAGCAAGAGAGAGCAGAGAUUGCACGAGAAAGCUAUAGCCAAAGUUAUGGCUGGAAAUCCGACAAAAGCCGAGAAAUUAGAGAAACGCUCCGAAAGAUGGGCUGCAAAGCGCAUGGAGGCCCAAAAGUCUGAGAGAGAGUACUUGGACAGGAUGAUGCAACAAAACCGCGACCGAGACUGGUCCGAGGUGCUUUGUUCCGUUCCCAGCGAGAAAUGCGGACCGCCCUCUGGAGCCGAUGUGGUCGAGGCUCCAAGUGGUCCCAGCAGUCUCGGGAAUCCUCCGGCAUAUUCACACCAGGACACACAGCUUUAACAUCGUGCAGUUCUAGUUUCCAAACGAGGCUCAGUAGAUGAAGCCUUUUUGACUGACACCACAUCACGGCAAACGCAUGAAAAACUAUUGUAAACUUUUUGUGAAAAGAAUUUAAAAACUAUUGAAUGAAAGACAGUGAAUAGUUUUACGCUAUAUGCUGACUUAAAAGGAAUGUAAAACGUUACGACUCGCGUUUUCCAUACAGAUAUACUCUAUAUAUUCAGUAUUUCUUGAAAAGUGUAUUAUUGACUGUGCAGUUCUUUAUACAGGAACAUUGUUUCAUUAAAGAGAAAACAGCUUAGAUAUUAAUCUGUCUGCAAAAUGGCAUUCUCUGAUAAUGGGAAUUUCUUUUUAAGAAACAUAUAAAUUUGUUUUCGAGUAAAUGUUAUGUAUAUUCGUAAUGUACGAUGAACCACUUUACACUACAUAUAUAUUUAAUUGUUUUUGUACAUAAACCAUACGUUUCAUUAAUGAUUUAUGCUCCUAUGUAAUAUUUACGAAAAAUGGCAAAUUAAAUGCAAGUUCAUCUA